CCCGGAGGUGCCGCCCCGCUGCAGGUGCGGUUGCGCCGCUCCCGGUGGCUCCGCGCCGGCGCGGGGGCUGCGAUGGGGGGGGCCGUGCCUGGAACAGCACCAUCACCGGCUUCUCAUUCCUUUGAGGUGUCCUUUUGAAGCCUUCAUGGCGAUUUAAACCUCCCCCCUGCCUCCCGUGGAAGCCGGGCGGGCUGUUGUCACGAUGUUUUUCUUCAUCCAGGCGGUGCCAGCAUCCCUUGGAAAGUUUUUCUUCCACAAAGAGAAUAGCGGAUCCGAAACGGCGCGGUGAGGCUGGAGGUGCUGAGCCCCUCGCAGGAGGAAAAGAAAUCUUCGCUGUGAUAACUUCAUGUUAAUAACAGAAAAAUCAUGGAUUAAAUGAGUGGUUUAUUUUCUAGGGAGAGCUGUAAAUGAACUGAGAAUAGGAUGGACUUACUAUGAAAGACCUGAAGCUCUUGAUCUACGCAUCAUCAACGAGCUGCAGAUGAAUGCGGCAUACACCUUGGAGGAUGGAUGUGAACAUGGACUGGAAUUCUGAGAAUAAUGUUUAUGACACAGGUGAGAAGCAUGCAAAUUAUUCCAGAAAGAGCACUAAGCAGGUAGGCCACAUGCCUAGCCUCCAGGAGGAGGCAGAUGUGAAUUACUCGCAGCCUUCCAGUCCUCGUUGCAACUCUGCAGGACCUUCAAGUAAGAAGGAGCUUCCUGCAGAGCUGCAGCGUGAAGAAAAAGAAGCUUAUGAGACCUAUCACCAGAAACGAGGUGAGAGUACAGCUGGGGUGUUUGUCCCUUCCAAUAUUGACUUUGACUUGCAGCAUGAAGAUGAAGAUUUAGAGCACCGUUCCUCUGAGCAGUCCAAGAAACCGCAGAGAAGACUACGUGGUGAUAGCGAGAACACUGUUCUUGCUGAUGUGUUUGAUGAGGACUCUGGGGGAGCUUUGCCAUUCCGGUGCAAGAGGUGUGGUUGCUCUUUCCGGGAUAUGAGCGAGCUGCAGGAACAUAAGCGAACUCACCUUGUGGAAAACUCAUACCGAUGUCCCAUCUGUGCCAAAGAGUUCUUCCGUGCGGCAAAUUUGCGAAUGCACAAGCUCAUUCAUUCUAGUGACAGGCCACACAAAUGUCCAGAGUGUGAUAAGGGUUUCAUUCGCACGGCUGAUGUCUGGAGGCACCUACGCAGUGUGCACAAGAUAGAGCGCUCCAUGGUGAUCCUGGGAAACGGCAUGGCUAGGAACCCAUGGUCCAUAGUGCACCGUGACCAACAUGCUGUUGAGUAUAUGGAUCAGCCUUGUGCAGAAACCCAAAAGCCUGAGGAAGAUGACUGUAAACCUUAUGCCUGUCAAACAUGCGGCAAAGGUUUCGGUAAGCCUAACCUGCUUUCCAAACACAAGGUGAUCCAUCGACAAGACAAGCCCUAUAAGUGUCAGGAAUGUGGCGUGGCGUUUGUCCAGCUGCUGAGACUGAAAAGACACCAGCAGACUCACUCUGGGGAGCGCCCCUUCUAUUGCAGGGAGUGUGGAGCAACGUUCACCCGGCUGACAUCGCUCCAGCGCCAUCACCGUAUCCAUACCGGUGAGAAGCCCUACUCUUGCCGUUACUGUGGUCAUGCCUUCACCGAGUCAGGUACCCUCUGGAGGCAUGAGCGCACACACAAAUUGGGCAAAUCUUAAUUCUUAAAGUUCACUUGUGAUUAUAGUCUCCUUGGUUGCUUCUUACCUGAAUGAGGCUUGCUCAGUUGGGCUGGAGAAGGCACUUCACUGCAUGCUCUCUGGCCAGUCCAGACCUACUUCUCACCAGUGGCUGACAGGGAACGCUGCAUCGUGGAGAUCUCUGGAACUUUUACUGGUACAGAUUGCACUUGCUGGCUUUAAACUGGCUUUGUAUGAAAAAAUAACCUGAUUAUCACUGAGUAAUAAAAUUUGAGGCUUGAGAAGACUGAAAUGACUCACAUGUGCUAGCACUGUCUCAAUUUGCUGAACUGAUGGUUCAUCAGCUUGAGCUUUUUUAAGGAUGCAAGGGCUGUGAGACUUCUCUCUGCAGUCUUGGUCACUGUACAAAUUAGCCCUGCCCUCUCAAGUGUGAUGGCUCUUUGGCACUGGGUUUGGAGAUCUGCUGUUGCAGGUCUUUGCUAAGGCAGAACAGUCUGGAGUUGUCCCUCUAUCCCUUCUUUCCUUGCAUUCUGCUGGAUUUUUCUUUCC